CAGGAACCUGUGCAGCGUAAAAGUAUUUCGGUGUCGGAGGACGUAGCGCUGCCGAGACGCAAGCACGAUGGAAGGAUGGUUGACGAAGCGCCGGGACCAUAUGAACAUCAUCUGGACCGAACGCUACUUCAUCCUUGAAGGCAGCAACCUCCGCUACUACAAGAAGCGAGGAGACCCAACGCCGCGCGGAACGUAUGUGUUGACGAACGAGUGCAUCGUGGGCAAGGUGUUCAACUCUGAAGAGAAGCACAAGCACCAUGACCAAGUUUGGAUGUUCCGCAUCACGUUUUCCGUGGGGGCAGGCGAAAAAUCGUACAAGAAGGACCGAUUCAUCGAUCUCGGGGCGAAGGACGAAAAGAUGGCUGAAGCAUGGAAGAAAGCGCUCGAGCAGACGAUCUCGGCCAUCAAGGAGGUGGCAGGCGUCAAAGAGGAUUUUCUCAAGGGAGCAGACGUUGGCAAAGUUCCCGAGGGAUACAACGCUUCGAUCCUCGACACCGACAACGUGUCGCUGUUCAACUUGGACACAGAUAACGUCAAGGCUGAGCAAGGGUGGUGGCUUGUGCGCGUCGAGGAAGGACUUCGCAUCAUGCAGGAGUGUCCCUUGGGCCACCAAGUCGCCGCUUCCAUGUAUGCCCACCAUGCCAACUUGACGAACAACUUGCUCUUUGCGUCCACGAUCAGCGCGAUCGUGGCGUUCAGCGUGAUGCACUCGAUGGUGGCCAACAUGCUCGUAUGCUUUGGAACUGCGUUUGCCGCCGUCGUGGUCUGCGGCGUGACACUCAUGCCCAAGUCUGCGAUUGAAAUCCCAAGCCUUCGUGUAUCGCAAGUCGUGCAUGGCCCGCCGUCCGACGUGUUCCGCUUGAUCAUGAAUACGAGUCGCUACCAACGAUGGGACUCGUCGGUGGCGUCCGUCAGAGUGAUCCAAGCCAUGGACGACCACUCGGAUAUCAUCUAUGUCCAGCUGCGCCCGGUGUAUAUUUGGCCAAUGUGGCAAAAGCCCCGCGACCUCGUCCUCAUGCGGUACUGGCGCCGCGAAGAAGACGGGUCGUACUUUGUCAUGUAUCAAUCGACGACGCAUCCUGAAUGCCGCGUGCGCCACAAUUUUGUUCGUGCGAGCAUCCUCGGUGGAGGCUACGUGAUUGCGCCGCAAAAGUCGUCCAUCCAUGGAGGUGUCCGAUCGUUGGUGACGUACGUCCUGCGGUACGAUCCCAAGGGCAACUCAAAUAUCUACCAUCAACUGGGCAUGGACGUCGAUGCGGUGUUACCGAUGCUGCGGUCGAUUGUCGGCAUGCGGGAUGAACUUAGCGCUGGCGACUUCAUUACACCGAGUGUGACGGUGGCGGAUUCGUCCGAGGCCAGCCGUGUCGACGGCGGCAGCGGGACCAGCGCUACCCCACACGUUGUGCAGAAGCUCAAGACUUCGCUUCCUGACAAGAUGUGGUCUGAACCGGAUGCAUCCCGCUUCGCCGUUCGUGGCCCCAACUACUUGGUAGACAAGAAGAAGACGCCGUCGAAAAAGUCGCGCUUUCGUCUCGUCGGCGUGGACUUGUUUGCGUUUGACAACGAAAAAGAGCGCUACAAUCUUGCCAGCCGCCCGGGGUCGCAUGUUCAGUCGGCGACUGGCUUUACCUUCGUCGUCAACAUGAUCAUCCCAAGCCCGAACAACUUGAGCAUGGUGUUUUACUUUCAACCGGACUCACCCACGAUCUUUGACGAAAACUCGCCGUUCUCGGACCUCCUCAACGACUUUUUGGACGGCGACGACGCGUUCCGAAACUCGCGGUUCAAGCUGAUUCCGACCGUCGUGGAAGGGACAUUUAUCGUCAAGCAAGCGGUCGGGUCGGUCCCGACGCUGCUCGGGAAUAAACUGUCGUGCCCGUACCAUCGCGGAGCCAACUACUUCGAAGUUGACAUUGACAUUUCGUCUAACAGCGUCGCAAACACCGUUGUCGGGAUGGUCAAGGGCGUGACCAAGGUGCUUGUCGUCGAUCUUGCAUUCCUUCUCGAGUCCCAAGCCGAGGAAGAGCUCCCGGAAACCAUCCUUGGCACCGUUCGAUUGCAGAAUGUGUCGCUGGACAACCCCGUGCGUGUACCUGCGCUGCAAAAGUAACCAGCUCUAACAUGUUGAAUACAUUCCCCAGUGUCGACGCAUAGUUGCCCCCAUUGCACACAUGCAUGUUGCCAGAAAGACUUCGACGGACGUGGUCGUGUCUA